AUCAGAGUGGGGCGGAGCCUCGGAGCCUGGGCCUCUGUGGGAUGGAGAGGACCAGGGUAUAAAGACCUGCAGCCCAGAGGCCCAGGAAGCAGCAGCAGGAGGUCUGAGCAGAGACGUCUUCACACUCUAGGAUUUAACCCGGGACCGCAGCCUCCCGACGCCCCUCUGUUCUCUGGAGCGUGAACCUAAGGUUUAGCGUCCCAUCAUGGAUCUCCGCGUCACCAGCGUUCUGUUCGUCCUGCUCGCUCUCGUCGCAGCGACUCCCGAUCGGCACUACCAACACGCCAGGGUCACCAAGAGCUACCCCGUCAAGGGCCACCAGGUUAAGGCCCAGCAGGUCAAGAGCCAGGUCGGUGCCCAGGGCCCUCCCGGUGAGCCAGGCCCCAUGGGCCCCUCUGGACCCCCUGGUGAGGCCGGCCACGGGUACCAGGGACCCGCCGGCCCCCCCGGCGCCCCCGGGAGCCCGGGCCGUUCUCAGGCUGGCAAACCCGGAACCCCCGGGAGCUCCGGGAAACCAGGAAGCAACGGGGGCCCAGGCCUCCAGGGUGCGCCCGGGUCCCACGGGGCCAUGGGCCCCCGAGGGUCGCCAGGGUCCUCCGGGAGCCCGGGACCCGCUGGGUUGACCGCCUCGGGCAAACCCGGCCCCCACGGCCUGCCUGGGUCCAUGGGGCCCCGAGGAGAGACCGGUCUGAAGGGACACCCCGGCAUCCCCGGCCUCCCCGGCCUGAAGGGAGAGAGAGGCCACGGGUCGGUCGGACCCCAGGGCGCCCCCGGCGCAGGAGGCCCUCAGGGGCCCUCCGGCAUGCCCGGCUUACCUGGAGUCGGCAAGCCCGGAGCCUCCGGGUACCCCGGCGAAUCAGGGAAGGGCGGCAGCCCGGGAAGAGACGGCGCCCCAGGACCGAUGGGCAUGCAGGGGCCCAAGGGCCACACCGGGGCCCCCGGCAUGGGAGGGGCAGGCAAGCCUGGUCAGAACGGCUCGCCCGGUCUGCCAGGGUCCCACGGGCAGAAGGGGCCUCAGGGGCCCUCCGGACAGCCCGGCGCCCCCGGCAUCGACGGUAAUGGUAAACCAGGAACCCCCGGGAACCCGGGCAUCAGGGGGUCCCCCGGUACCUCCGGCACCACGGGACAGAAGGGAGAGCCCGGCCACACCGGGUACACGGGCCAGCCCGGCGGCCUCGGCACCAUCGGCCCCGUCGGCCCCCAGGGGGCCAGAGGGUUCCAGGGAGAGACCGGCGCCGUGGGACCCAAGGGCGACCUCGGGUUGGUGGGCGAGCCAGGGUCCAAGGGGACCAAGGGCGACCAAGGUGCUCAGGGAUUCACAGGUAAGGCCGGAGCCCCAGGGCUGACUGGUCCAGGGGGAGCUACUGGUCACACUGGUCCCCUGGGCCCCAAAGGAGUCCAGGGACACGGCGGGUCCCCAGGCAGCCCCGGCUCCAACGGCGCCCCCGGGCCAAAGGGCCACACCGGACACUCCGGACCCCCCGGGAAGAGCGGCGAGAACGGAGCUCCAGGCGGCCGAGGGCUCGGCGGCCCCCCCGGCAUCACCGGCCCCGCCGGAGCCAAGGGCCACCCCGGCCACCCCGGCCAGCCCGGCCCCGCCGGCUUGACGGCUAAGGGGAUCAGCGGCCCCAUGGGGCCCCCCGGAAACACGGGAGCCCGUGGCCACGACGGGCUCCCCGGAGCCGCCGGAAGGCCCGGCCCCCCCGGCCCCCCGGGAGAGAUGGCCUACCACCACGAGAUGGCCAUGCCCAUGAAGGCCGAGGAGUACGCGAUGCCCCACGAGAUGAAGGCCCCCAUGUCGGCCUUCAGCGCCGUGCUGACCACCGCCUACCCCGCCGCCGGCCAGCCCAUCGCGUUCAACCAGGUGCUGUACAACGGCGAGGGCCACUACGACGCCCACAGCGGGGUCUUCUCCUGCCAGGUGCCCGGCCUCUACUACUUCUCCUACCACGUGCACGUGAACGGCGCCAACGCCCUGGUGGCGCUCUACCACAACGAGGAGCCCGUCCUCUUCUCCUACGACGAGUACAACAAGGGCUUCCUGGACCAGCUGUCGGGCAGCACCGUGCUGCAGCUGCAGGCGCACGACCGGGUCUUCAUCCAGGUGCCGGACGAGGAGAGCAACGGCGUCUUCGCGGCGGACAACGUGCACUGCUCCUUCUCCGGGUUCCUGAUCGCCUCCACGUGAUUCCCCCCCUCCCUGACCUCCACCAACCUCGACGGGUGAGGAGCUGCUCCGUGGAACAGCUCGGUCCAAAAUAGGAGGGAAAAAUGCCUUUGGAAUUCUUGAAAAAAAUAUCUAAUAUGGCUCAAAUUUGACCAAAAAUUUACCUGUUUCCGGUGGUUCAUAUUGUUCCUGUAUCCCCGAGUAGUGAUUGGGCCAGAGCGAGUUUAGGAAUAACCAAUCAGAAGAUCAGAAUAGAAAUGGUGCUCUCCAACUUCCUGUAACAUUUACAGCAAACCUUUAAGUGUAUGUUAUUGUAUGUCGUCAAAAUGUUGUACCUGUAAUUGACAUGGAAAUAAAUGUGCUGUAUUUGA